AGUCUAGCUCAACUUGUUUUGUAGUCGGUUUAGAUUGGAGGAAAUUAUGCUUUUAUUCUGAAGGUUUGGAGACGGAAGUCGUAUUGUUUUUGCUGCUGGGGUCAAACUGAUGUGAGACUUGUUAAAGCGGAUUGUUUAUCAGCAAAAUGAUCCUCAACAUUGCGGAGACUGACAUUUAUGGAAGUUUAAAUAGUUCAUGUUGCUGUUAGUUGAUGGAUUUGAGUUGAAUGGCACAGAAAUAUGCAGCUUUGACAACUCCAAUUCUUCCUGUCUCGAAGCUGAUUGGCUGAGUUAAACGUCGGCUCACCGUCUGCCAAGAAAACCAUUUGAAGACAGAGUGCUGUCUCCUCUCUCACAGUGCAGCUGUGUAUUUACAGGUGCAGCUUCGAUAUGACUAAGAGAAGCCCAUCUCUUCAGCUUGUCAAAAGGAUGCUGAACCAUCACUGCAGAAGGAACCCUGAGCUUCAUGAGGAGCUGCAGAUCCAGGCUGCAGUGGCAGCGGGGGAUGUCUGCACUGUCAGGAGAAUGCUGGAGCAAGGGUACUCCCCUAAGAUCCGCGAUGCCAACGGCUGGACACUGCUCCACUUCUCCGCUGCCAAAGGAAAAGAGAGAUGUGUUCGAGUCUUUCUUGAGCAUGGAGCUGACCCCACAGUGAAGGACUUUAUCGGUGGCUUCACAGCACUUCACUAUGCCGCUAUGCAUGGCAGAGCGCGCAUCGCACGACUCAUGCUGGAAUCUGAGUUUCGCAGUGACAUUAUAAACGCAAAAAGCAACGAUGGCUGGACGCCACUGCACGUGGCUGCCCACUACGGCCGCGACUCGUUUGUACGCCUCCUCCUCGAGUUCAGGGCCGAGGUGGACCCGUUAAGUGACAAAGGGACCACACCACUACAGUUGGCCAUCAUCCGUGAGCGCUCCAGCUGUGUACGGAUCCUACUGGACCACAGUGCCAACAUUGACAUUCAAAACGGCUUCCUGUUGCGAUACGCCGUCAUCAAAGGCAAUCACUCAUACUGUCGCAUGUUCCUGCAGAGGGGAGCGGACACUAAUCUUGGACGUCUUGAAGAUGGUCAGACCCCCUUGCACUUGUCUGCCCUCAGGGACGAUGUGCUGUGUGCCGAGAUGCUCUACACAUACGGGGCUGAUACCAACACCAGGAACUACGAGGGCCAGACACCGGUAGCUGUAUCUGUUAGCAUGUCUGAGAUCAGCCGGCCUUGUCUGGACUUCCUACAGGAAAUCACCAGACAACCUCGGACUCUACAAGACUUGUGUCGAAUAAAAAUCCGUCACUGCAUUGGCCUUCAAAGCUUGAAAUUGUUGGAGGAUCUACCGAUUGCAAAGGUUAUGAAAGAUUAUUUAAAACACAAGUUUGACAAUGUUUGAAGGCAACAACAAUAGAAAAGGAGAGGGUGACUAAAACUCUAUCAUUUAUAAAGACUAUGCAAUCACUAUGCUCUUCACUGGAAGGAAUGUCCACAGGUUGGUUGUGUACAUACUGAAGGAAGGAAAGUUAGUCCAGUUUGGUCAUCCAGAGUUUUCUGCCCGCUUUCCAUUUCAGCCUUUUUACAGUUCAAACAGUGGCUGAAGAAUGGAAAUGGACCCACCUUGUAAGCUAAGGUAAUGGGUUAUUUUGGAAAAAAGAACCUCAUUUGACAGAUAGCAUUGUUAGCAUUAUAAACAUUUAUGUUGUCACUGUAAACGUGCAUGAUGUUAUCCUCGCUGUGUCUGAUUGUCAUCAAGUGCAUACUUGCCAAUGAGUCUUUUUAUACUAUUGUAGGCUAAACUCAAAUUGCAGCAGUGAUGAUGAUUUUCUUUCUGUCUCAAAAUUGGCAAAGUGUUGAGCUACUUGACAAAUGAUAGCUUUAAAGAAACACUCGACAAGGUACACUCCCUGAUUUUGUUUCAUCACCCAAUAGUGACUCUACUUCCCAUAAUAGCCUGGUUCCAAACCUCUGAUUCACUACCAACAUCUCCAAUUGUUCAGCCUUUUUAAGCAAAUAGCAGUCGUGUUGUGCCCCUUUUGAGGGGUGGGGGGGGAUCAACUUUUUCUCCAGUGUGUAAAUGGGGCGUGCUUCAGUGAACCUGACCUGACAAUCCUUACAGUACAUCUUGCUAGUUUAAUGUAAUGCUACUGUGAUGCUGUGUGCAGAUUAAACUAAUUAAUCUGUACACAUUUUAACAAUUGAGUUCUCAAAUUACCGGACGGAUAAAUCAAAUCCAUUAUGGGGCAUGUACCACACAACAACCUUUGUAGUCAGGGGUCACCAACAAUGUAUUCUAGAGCAAAACUGCCAGCAAGUCAGAAACACACACACACACACAAAAUGCUGUACCAAAACCAAAGACAUGCCAGGUAGGCAGAUGUAGACAGCAUCUAGGCCUCUUCCUGACUAACAUUAAACCACCCAAUAAUACAAUUUUUUAAUGAAAAUUGUCUAAUAGAAAAAUAAAUCAACAUUCCACAUCAUCUCAUUCAACAUUGUGACGAUGGCCAGCUUUUACCAAGGACGUUACAAAUUGAGUAGGGUCAAAGACUGUAACAUAACUUGUACAAUUUAACAAUUAGCAAGCAUGCCUAUUAACGCGUUUGGGUCAGCCCCUUGCUGUCAACACGGGUACCCCUACAAAAUUCGGAACCGAUUCAAAUCCGCAUUAAUAUCCGCCAAGGACCAUGUACGACAGACAUCGUUCUGCUCCGAGUCUCUGUGCUCGAGCUACGAUUUUUCAAAGUUCCGGAAUAGGAAUGGUCAGGGAAAAUGUUUUUUUUUAAACUUGUCAAAGCUCUGAUUUUGUAAUAUGUUGUUGCCACCCCCAAAUGGGGUGUUUCCAUCUUUGUUCGGACCCUCUAGCACCUAACAUUGCUGGUAGCAUAAAACCCCCCACAGGGUCACAGUAACAAAUGGGAACACUGCUUACUCGCUUUAAACGUAUGUCAAAUGUCAAACUUUUAGGCUUGGUUCCUUAUAUUCUGAAAUUUGGCAUACUUUUGAAUUGAGUGGUCAGUGUUCCUGUUUGGACAGCCUGCCUUGUCAAAAAUGCGACAGAAUGUCACAGUGACAAACGGUCACAUUUUUAACAUGGACUUUCAAAAAAUAGUCCAUAUAGUCAUGUGUCCAAUAUUGUUUCUGUAAAUUAUGAACGUUAGUUUAAGUAAAUAUGCAGAGACCACUGUUAUUAAAACGGUAAAUAAUGUAUUCACAGAACCAAAAAGCAAACCUUUUGAAAACCGUACUAAAAGGGCACUCCCCCCACCAAUCCAAAACUAAUACAAUAAUAUGUUAAUAUAAAGAAAAUAAAAAACAAAUUGAAGCAAUCCAAAAAACAUGUUUCAACAACAAAAUAAUUGCCAGAAAUGAUUUGCUGAAACGUAUAUAUACUAGGGCUGCAACUAACGAUUAUUUUCAUAGUUGAUUAAUCUGUUAAUUUCUUUUCUCGAUUAAUCGAUUAG